CCAAAAGAUGCUCAUGAGGCACAGACGCACCCAGCGCUUCAUCUGCAUAUUGAUGAGCACUGGGGUGAUUGCGCGUUACAGGACUGCACAGAGGGAUGUUUUGACUCCUGCACAAUGGCUCCCAAAGGCGAGCACGCUCAAAGCCACGAGGUUCUGUCCGUGGUGCUGAUGCAGCUGCUGUCGUGGCUGACUGCCGCCCGCAGCCGCCGCAGCAUCACGGAGCGCAGCCGCGUCUCCGGCACACAACGUGCCGAGAAAAAUGUUUCUUCUAUAUAUCGGCAUGCAUUGUGGAGGAUGAGGAUGAUGAGGAGGAAGAUGAGGUGGAGGGAGGGGAGGGGGGGUGUAGGUGUAAGUCUUUGUGUGGCAGCGCAGUCACAAGUUUGGGCUUGCUGCCCGCCGCAAAAAUAAGACACACAAGAGAAGCACGUGUAGUGGGUGGUCCUCAGCAGACGACUUUCACGUGGCUCUAGCGAGCUCCGAGCCCGAGCCGCCACACCGAGAGUCCGGUGCGGCAAGACAACAUCAGCAUGGCUGUGGAGAUGGAGCCCUCGGACGUAAUCCGUCUGAUAAUGCAGUACCUCAAGGAGAACAACCUCUACCGAACGCUGACCACCUUACAGGAGGAAACCACCUUGACACUCAACACAGUGGAAAGCAUCGACAGCUUUGUUGCAGAUAUAAAGAACGGCCACUGGGACUCCGUCCUGCUGGCUAUUGAGUCGCUCAAGUUGCCUGACAACACACUUAUUGAUCUUUAUGAGCAGGUUGUGAUGGAGCUCAUCGAAAUGAGGGAGGUGGGAGCAGCUCGCUCCCUCCUCAGACAAACCGACCCCAUGAUCAUGCUGAAGCAGACGCAGCCAGAGCGGUACGUCCAUUUGGAGAACCUGCUGACGUGCUCCUACUUUGACCCUCGUGAGGCGUACCCGAAAGGCAGCAGCAAGGAGAAGCGGCGCAUGGCGAUAGCUGAGGCGCUGGUCAGGGAGGUCAGCGUGGUGCCUCCUUCUCGCCUCAUGGGGCUCCUGGAACAAGUCGGCUCGAUGAGAAUACAGCAAUACGAAGAUCAUCUCUCCCCUGACAUGACCAUCAACACAUCCGGCAGCAAGGAGAGACAUGUGGAGAAAGAGAGCUUUCCGACCCAGCUGUACCGCCACAUCAAGUUUGGACGGCGGUCACAUGUGGAGUGUGCCCGUUUCUCUCCUGAUGGCAAGUACCUCAUCACUGGGUCUGUGGAUGGGUUCAUUGAGGUCUGGAACUUUAACACUGGAAAAAUUAGUAAGGAUUUAAAGUAUCAGGCCCAAGAUAGCUUCAUGAUGAUGGAUGAUGCUGUGCUGUGUAUGUGCUUCAGUCAGGAUACAGAUCUACUGGCAACGGGAGCUCAGAAUGGAAAAAUUAAGGUGUGGAAGGUCCAGAGUGGCUUGUGCCUACGCAGGUUUGAGCAUGCCCACAACAAAGGUGUGACCUGUCUGAGCUUCUCCAAGGACAGCAACCAGAUCCUCAGUGCCUCCUUCAACCAGACCAUCAGAAUCCACGAAUUGAGGUCAGGCAAGACACUAAAGGAGUUAACUGGCCAUUCGUCGUUUGUAAAUGAUGCAUCUUUCACUCGUGACGGACUUCACAUCAUCAGUGCCUCAGCUGAUUGCACAGUUAAGAUUUGGGAUGCAAAAUCCGGUGAAUGCCUCCACACUUUCAAAUCCCUGUCCCGGACAUCAGAGGUCCCUGUCAAUAAUGUGAUUCCCCUACCCCAAAAUCCAGAGCACUUUGUGGUUUGCAACCACUCCAACACGGUUGUCAUCAUAAACAUGCACGGUCAGACCGUGAAGACUUUCAGCUCAGAUAGAGAGGAAGGAGCUGACUUUGUGUGUUGCACCCUGUCACCCCGUGGGGAGUGGAUUUACUGUGUGGGAGAGGACUUACUGCUGUACUGCUUCAACUAUACGACGGGGAGGCUGCAAAAAACGCUGACCGUCCACGAGAAAGAUGUAAUUGGCAUCACUCACCACCCACAUGAGAAUCUGAUUGCCACAUACAGCGAGGAUGGCCUCCUAAGGCUAUGGAAACCUUAAAGUGUUGCUUGCUUCAUAAUAUGGAGGACCCAGACAGCCUUACACAUGGUUAUAGAUAAAGAUUCAGUCAUUUUCAUGUGAUUGUUAUUACCCAGCUUGUUAGGGGAAAGGGACAAAACCUAAAAUACAGUUAUUUAUUUGCAAGGAACUUGGAUAAUUAUCACAAAUAAAAAUACACAAGGCAAACUACAAAGGAAAAAUGGCCAUGUGGGCGCUAAUCAAAUCAAAGAAAUAGUUAUCCUCUGAACUGGAACGUUGGAUCAGGUACUGCUCCAAUUUGGAUUAUCAAAAUCCCAACCAGGAUGUGAGAUGGGCAUCCAAAUCUGGGGGACUUGAGAUGCAAACUACUAGAACACUAAAAAGGGUUAGAAACAUAGGAUGAGUGCUGGCUGCAGCCUUUUACACCCCUCCCCUUAAUUUUCAGUCAAGGCAGUUUUUCUGCUAUCUUUCUGUUUGCAAAAUUUCCAAGUUGUAAUCUUACACAAUCAGAGCCCUCAGCAUGAGUUGCUAUGUUAUGGUUGUGUCUGUGGGACAGACAAACAAGAGGUUAUGAUCAGUGAGGAUUUAAACAGGACCUGACCCAAACCCAAACACCAACACCAAAGAAGGUUUCCUUUUUAAUGAUAGAGUAUCUGACUUGGUGCUUGUUGAACUUGCAUGGAAAGUAGCUUGCACGAUGGUCAGCUUGCUUCAGUAUCCUUGAUCCACCGCUGACAUCAACUUCCAGUUUAAGGGGAGUGGAGGGAUCAGGAGCAGCAAGCACAGGGCAGUGGCUUAAGAGAUACUUCAUGCUUCGAAAGCCAUGUUGGCAGUCAGGAGUCCUCACAAAAUCUACACUUCAAAUGAGCAGAUUGAUCAAAGGAUGGACUACAGUGGAAACUUUACAACAGAAACUCCUUUAGUAACCUGCCAUGCCCAAGAACCCACAAAAGGCUCUACUUGUGGAAGGAAUGGGGGCACUCUGAUGGUUCACACUUAUCCUUGGUCCAUCUGCCUCUCUGAGAAGGGGAUGGUGGCUUUUCCAAAUUCACAGCCAAGUGAUCACUCCUUUGUUUGGUUCAUGGACGGCCUUCAGCCUCAUCAGUCAGAGUGGAUUUUCUUUCCCAGGCAGGCAAUUUGCACACAUCGCAGGGCUUUGAAGAGUGUUGUAUGGUGAGGUGUGGGAUUCCUUUACUCGUAUGUACUCACACUGUGUCUGAAGAGCUUGCCUCAGCCACCUAGACCCCAUGUAGCUUGACUUAGAGGGUAUAACUUGUAUUCUGGGAUCCUUUGGCUGCCAGUUAGAGUCUUCUCUGCAGCUGUGGCUUUCUCUGUGUCUUGCAUCGCUCUCAAACCUGCUGUAGCCUGCUGCUGUCUUCCCUUUGUGUCUCUCUUGUGCUGCAUUUCUUGUGACUGCAGUUAUUCUGCUGUUGGUUGGUGUGUGGUAGGGGGAUGCUGCUUGCACAUAAGAGCCUGGAAAGCACUGCCAAGUCUGUAUUUCUUUGUCGCUAUUGUAUGCCAGCAGCACUGGGCCCUUCUGUCCUUCCUCUCUUGUGAAUUCAUCAUGAUGUACCAAUGGAUACUUUGAGAGAUAAACUACAUACAUCAGUCAGUGACCACAUGCACACCUGGUCCUCAUCUGAACUGCAGAUGGGAUCUCACACCACCAUCCUCCUUUUGCUUCCGUCACAUGUUCUUCUGUUCCUUUCCUAUUUAGCUUCUUGCUACUGUCCCUUUAAUUGCCUCCACACAGGUGUGUCCCAUUUUGCUGAUGGCUGAGGUCAAAAGUCAAAGUCACAACAGAAACAUCACGCAACACACUAAAACUCAACACGAUACAUCAAAAUCAAAAUAGGCAAACCUACAAUAUAAUAUAAUCAUGCAAUGCAAAACACAGUAAAUCCAAAAUAUAAUUUCAAUAAAAUAAAAUGUAUUCAGCUCAACAUAUAACUGCAGUAAAAACAAAUAAAGGCAAUAACAGGCUCACAGUCAAGUCUGAUUUGACUUCUUAUGAUUUCUUCUUUUUUUUUGUGGUCAGGCUCCGAUUUGUAUGUGCAUAGAACUCUGGCUUUAAUAGAGUUUAGGCUCUUUGCACUGUAAUAGAAAAAAACAGACAUCAGGGGGCACUGCAGAGCAGAACAGAGGUGUUAAAAAUGCACCAAAUAGGAACCUAUUCAGUUUCAUGAUGUGUAAUCACUAAAGCAACGUCUGAGGUCUGCCCAUUUAGUAGCAUAAAAUAAGUACACUGUACUGCUUUUUUAGCUAUUGGGGCACUACACUGUCAAUACAGACAACAGAAAUAGGAUGGGUCUGGUAGGAAGGAUGGAAAUUUUGGAAACUAAAAUUACCCACUUUUCUGGGCACUUUAAUGGCUUUUGUUUAGGUUGGCUUGAACAUCAGAGGUUCUUAAUUAAUUUUCAACCACAACUGCUAAAUGGACCCUAUGGUGAAAU